UCCUCAUAUUCGUCUUUCCUCUUAUCUCUAUCCCUCUCUAAACUCAGUACGCGAAACGGAGGACUUCAAUUUCUCUCGUUUUGAUCCGUAUUUCACUGAUUCCGGAAACUGAUACAAUAAUAAUGCCACAGGAUCCACCGUCCGAGCAGGAACCGGACGAUUCUGAUUCUGACUUCAUUGAGAUUGAUCCUACACGUCGCUACGGUCGGUAUAAGGAGGUUUUAGGAAGAGGGGCUUUCAAAAAAGUAUAUAGAGCGUUUGAUGAGCUUGAAGGAAUUGAAGUUGCUUGGAAUCAGGUUAAGGUGACUGAUCUGUUGCGUAAUUCUGAAGAUUUGGAGCGUUUGUAUUCUGAAGUUCAUCUGCUUAAGACCUUGAAGCACAAAAACAUCAUUAAAUUUUACAAUUCAUGGAUUGAUACCAAAAAUGAGAAUAUCAAUUUCAUCACGGAGAUAUUCACUUCGGGCACAUUGAGGCAGUAUCGCAAGAAACAUAAGCAUGUUGAUCUGAGGGCACUGAAGAAAUGGUCGAGGCAGAUCCUAGAGGGCCUUUCUUAUCUUCACAGUCAUGAUCCGCCUGUCAUCCAUAGAGAUUUGAAAUGUGACAACAUUUUUGUUAAUGGAAACCAAGGGGAGGUGAAAAUUGGUGAUUUAGGAAUGGCUGCCAUUCUUCGCCAAGCUCGUUCAGCACAUAGUGUCAUUGGUACACCUGAGUUUAUGGCACCAGAGCUUUAUGAGGAAGAAUACAAUGAGCUGGUGGACAUUUAUGCCUUUGGAAUGUGUGUGCUGGAGCUUGUAACCUUUGAGUAUCCAUAUGCUGAGUGUGCCAAUGCUGCUCAAAUAUUCAAGAAAGUAACAUCGGGAAUAAAACCAGCAUCAUUGGCAAAAGUUACAGAUUCUACUGUUAGAGCUUUCAUAGAGAAAUGUAUUGCAAAAGUGUCUGAGCGGUUGACUGCCAAGGAACUUCUGAUGGAUCCCUUUCUUCAAUCACACGAGGAAAGUGAAAGUAUAGGUCAUUCAUUACUUCCCAAAAGCCAUCAUUCCGGUGGCCAUUUUGAUACGAUAGAAGGUGCAAGUGCUAGGGAUUCUCCAGCUGAGACAUUUAAAGGCUUCACAGUGCAAGGUCAGAGGAAAGACUUGAACACGAUAUUUCUGAAACUACGAAUAUCUGAUUCCACAGGUCACAUUCGCAAUAUUCACUUCCCAUUUGAUAUUGAGGCUGAUACAGCACUUGCCGUUGCAAGUGAAAUGGUUGAGGAGUUGGACCUUACUGAUCAAGAUGUUUCAACAAUUGCUUAUAUGAUUGACUCAGAAAUUCGGUCACACGUUCCAGAUUGGGAACCUGCUGAACUUUCACAAUAUAGUCCUGGUGGAGAGUCGGAAACUCCUGAUUCUCUUGCCUCUGAAAUGAGAGAUGAUUGUUGUCUUUUGAGAAAUGAUUCUGCCCAUUCUUUUAGUGGCCUUGCACUAGAAAUACUACCUUCAGGUAAGAAGUACUGGUCUGAUUCACCCAAGGGAAAUGGCAGGAACUCUCCUAGCAAGCAUGGACCUUCAAAUUUAUCUCCAAAAGUGGGCCGCUUUAGCAAACAUCCCAUGUUAUCUCCUUGUAGUCAUGACGAUCAAGAUCAUUCAAAUGAUGCCACUUCACUUGAUCACCAGGAUUGUGAAACCAUCUCUUGUAAUUAUGAUAACAAUGAAGGGUGUGAUGAUGGUAGCGUGCAUGCAGAUUUGAUGAUUGGUUAUAGAAAUAGUGCAAUUGUUGGUCAAGAUGGUGAGUCUGGGGCAUCUCCAGUGGGAGAGAACUGCGAGUUACAACGAGACAUCAUAUCAGAAGAAGUCAAAGUAGUUGCUGAGAAACUCGAGGAUCUGUUGGUCAAGCAGCGAAAAGAGCUAGAUGAGCUAAAGCAGAAACACAAACUAGCUAUAACAGACCUUCUGAAUGAAGUUUCUCCAGAUAUCUGUAAGGAGGUCUUGAGCAUUUGUAAACUGAAAAUUCCCGACUAAAGCAGUGAGGCGGUGUCAUGGUGCUGGUGCUGCAAGUUGAGACUCCUAACAUACUAGACUAACGUUUCUCUAUCUUUUCAAAGGGUUAUGAUUUGAUUCCGACUUCCCUAGUUUCCCCAUCGAAAAUGAUCUUGUAGAUUUUAUGAAGUCAGAGGACAAGUUAACUUAAUCUUCACACUGUAAGCUAGAAAGCAAAAGGCAGCUGCAGCAUCUCAUUGCUUUCAGCUUUAAGACUUUAAAGGGAUCACAUGAAAACGUCCGGCAUGGCACUCAGCUGAAUAGCCUGAAUUCGUGAUACUGCUGAGCUGAGAGACGGUCUAGCGGGUUAUAUAUAUUGUCUUACAUAUCGCCAGAAGACAUCUCCAUUUUUUCCAUAGGGGGAUUAAUUUCCCAGUCUCUAUAGAGGUUAUCAGAUUCUUGUGGAUUGUAUACUUGUAAAUAGUCCUGCUGCACGUUCUUUCACAUACAGGGAGAUUUAGUGCUUAUGUCCUAUCAAGUCUGAUAAGGGUAAUGUAAUAUGAUACAUGAUUUUCUUCUUUUGCAUGUCAAAGCUUUUGUUUUCUGUUA